AAUCUGGGUACAUUAGAAUAGAGGGUGUCUCCCCCUUCGUUAAAACAUGAAGAUCUCUUCAUGUUUAACGGCACUUUUUCUAUUUUUGCCACUGCUUCUUGCCCAACAACCACUGAAAACCCAACAGCAGCAGCAGCAGCAGAAAGUUGACGCAAGUGUGGCGAAACCUGGUCUCCACGACAUUCUACUAAAAACAGUGCACGACACGGCGUCCUACUUGGGAUUCGGUGUGAAAUGUCGUAACGGAGGACACAAAACCGAAGAGAACACGUGUAUUUGUCCGAAAUACUAUUACGGAAAAGAGUGCGAGACGAAAGUGUGCAUAAACGGCGGAAAACCGGAAAAAUCGUUGGUCCCGACAGUACAUAUGGUGUGUAAAUGUCCGAAUCCGGAAUUUAUCACCGGAGAGCAUUGCGAGAAGAUCAAAUGUGCCAAUCAGGGUGUGCUCCGGGUUUUUCCGGCGAAUUCCACAUGGCAAUGUGAUUGCUCGGAGACGAAAUUCUUUGGAUCCACGUUUUGCGAGAAGUUGAUUGUCUCGUCGUUAUGGUCAAUUGUGGCCGGAUGUAUUCUAUUAUUGAUUUGUGUUGUAUGCCUUUGCUCGGCAAACUGGUUUAACAGAGAUCGCGGACGUCGGCGGAGGCACCCGACAAAUCGUUGUAUGAGCACCGGAGACGGAACAUCAGGUCACUCGGCAGGAAUGCGAGAUACCGGACGCCGAGCAUGGCCUGCUCAGGCACAACGUGGCACACGUGUUAAUCCACGUGGUGGCCCCUCCUCCUCGACUCAUAGAUCAUCUUCCUCGGAUGAGCUCAUCUCCAGUGAGCGUGGGGCUCACAGAAGGACGGCCGCUUUUCCGAGUGGAAAUAUCACUCAGCAGUAUGUUGUACGGCUUGACACGAUUCCUACGUUCAAUCCGGCGAUGAUUGGCGGCGUUGAGCCAACCGGAGCACCUCUUCAACAAGACAUGGGACCACCGCCGAGCUACGAUCAGGCAAUGAGCUCAAUUCACGCCGAGCCGCCUGUCUACACGCCUACCGACGCCGCAAAGCAGAAUGCCUAGCAACUUUUUAUACACAUUUUGUAGAUAGAUAUAUCUAUACACUUUUCCUAUAUUAUUAUUAUUAUUCAAUUAUCACUCUCUGUACAAUUGGUUCCCACUUUGUUCCUGUGCCUACCUGCCUACCUACCUACAAGAAAUCGGCAGGCAGGUAGGCACACAAUAUACCUAACCAUUCCCCCACCGGGUCACG